UUGAAACGUGGAUUUCCCUCGCCGGCUGGUGGUAUAUCGCCUUUAUCGCAGUGGAUUUGUUUACGAUUGUAGACGAGUUAAUAAAUGAUGCCAGUGCAUACACGCGAUAGAAAAGAGAAUAGUCACGAAGAAAUGGACGUGGACUAUCCAGAGCAUGAGGCGAGCAGUUCAGAUGAAGAGGACUCUGUGAGCUCGUCCGCCACUGAGGAUGGAGAUACUUCAGACAUGGAUGAUGAAGACUGUGAAAGAAGGCGGAUGGAGUGUUUGGAUGAGAUGACAAAUCUCGAGAAGCAGUUCACAGACCUUAAGGAUCAGUUGUAUAAAGAGAGACUCAGCCAAAUGGAUCUUAAAUUGCAAGAAGUCAUUGCUGGCAGUGCUCCAGAAUACCUUGAACCCUUGGCCACCCUACAGGAGAACAUGCAGAUCCGAACCAAAGUCGCAGGUAUCUAUCGUGAGCUCUGUUUAGAAUCUGUCAGAAACAAAUAUGACUGUGAGAUGCAAGCUGCAAGCCAGCAUUGGGAGAGUGAGAAACUCCUACUUUUCGACACUGUUCAAAGUGAACUGGAAGAGAAGAUCAGGCGUUUGGAGGAGGACAGACACGGUAUAGAUAUAACUUCAGAACUGUGGAAUGAUGGUCUACAGUCUAGGAAGAAUAAAAAGAAGGAUCCUCUCAGUCCUGGAAAAAAGAAAAAACCUGUCGUUGUGUCAGGACCAUACAUUGUUUACAUGUUACAAGACCUGGAUAUACUUGAAGACUGGACUUCCAUAAGAAAGGCUAUGGCUUCAAUGGCUCCUCACAGAGUAAAAGCUGAUGUUCCUAUGAAAUCUGAGAAACAUCAUCAUAUUGCUCGGUCAGAGGAUGGACGUCUGUUCUAUGACAACAAAUGGUACAGCAGAGGUCAGGCAAUAUCCAUAAUAAGAAAGGACGAAUACCCCACCAGGUGUGUGUGCGUGUGUGUGUUUUGUCUAUAUAAAGUGGCUCCAAAAAGUAUUCAGACCCUUAAAGGGAUAGUUCACCCAAAAAUGAAAAUUCUCAUCAUUUACUCACCCUCAUGCCAUCCCAGAUGUGUAUGACUUUGUCUUCUGCUGAACACCAAUGAAGAUUUUCAGAAGAAUAUUUCAGCUCUGUUGGUCCAUACAAUGCAAGUGAAUGGUGGCCAGAACUUUGAAGGUCCAAAAAGCAUACAAAGGCAGCAUAAAGUAAUCCAUACGACUACAGUGGUUAAAUCCAUGUCUUCAGAAGUGACAUGAUAGGUGUGGGUGAUAAAUCAAUAUUCAAAUCAAUAAGUCCUUUUUUACUGUAAAUAUCCACUAACCCUUUCACUUCCACUUUUGUUUUUGUCGAUUUGCACUCUUUCAUUUUGCCACCUACUGGGCUGGGAGGAGAAUUUAUAGUAAAAAAAAAAACAACAUUUCACAAACAAGUUAUAAUACAAUUGUUAUAUUUUAUAGAAUGAAGACAAUCUGUGGUUACCCUGUUACGGUAAUCAUACAUCCACUAAAAAUCACCUUAGGAAAAGUUGGUUAAAAGUAAUUGCAAAAAUGGCAAGAAAAGUGAAGUUAGUUCUGUGAAAAGUUCUUGUGGUUCUGUGUUUGGAAACAGAAGUGUCUCAUGUUUAACAUUUUGCUUUUCUGGUUCCCUCCAGUGCCAUGAUAACAACUGUUAACCACGAUGAGGUUUGGUUCAAACGUGUGGAUGGCAGCAAAUCAAAGCUUUACAUCUCUCAGCUCCAGAAAGGCAAAUACACAAUAAAGCAUUCAUAAACUUUCUCCUCUGCUGCCCUUGACCCCUCCAGUGUCAACUGAACCUCGACUGGUUCCACUUUAUUCUCUGUCACCAUGACUACACGUUCCUGCUUGAGGGACUCAGAAGGUCUUACAGUACGUGCAUGUACCACAUGUUUGCACUCCCUAAGUCAGAGCUGCUAAACAAACACCUGGUUGCCAAGGAAGCAGUGAAAGAGUGUGUGUGUGUGUGUGUGUGUAUAUGUGUGGGUGUGUGUUUGUGUGCCUUAAUUUCAAUGAUGAGGCUGUAAAGCCUUAUUGAAAAUUCAGCGGAAGAGCAGCCCGACUUAACACAAUGCCCUCUUGGUAUUGACAAUAAUGUAAACAUCACUGUUGCCAUGCCUUUUUAUGAAAUACAGAUUGAGUAUUUUUAUUUGUUGAUUUAUGGUGCAGCAUGCCAUUCUGUUCUGAAACUAGUUAGUGCCAUAUGUCCUGUUCUGUGUCUGUGAGAUGCUUUAAAGAGCAAGAUUGUUCGUAAAGCUUUGUUGGACUAACAUGUUAUUUUUCUACUUGUCAUCAUUAUUAUUGACAAUUCACUCAAAGACGGUAUAUAAAUAAAUCUGUAUAGCAGUAUUUAGGAAAAUGUUGUAGUUCAGUAUUAAUGUAAAGGGGCUUGUUCUUUGUGAUCUUUGACUUUGUAUGUAUUGUUUCCAGCAAAGCCAAAACCCCUUACAUAAAGAAGUCUUGAUGAUACCCUUUUAAUUAUAACAAAAGGGGUUUGUUGCAACUGGGCACAGAUACAGUAUGUAGUAUUUUUGUUUUUUUUGAGCCUUUGAUCAGAUGCAUGUGAUGUUUUCUGGGCAUGUCAUGUGUAUUGUGCAUCAAGAGACUUAGUUUGUUUCUGUUAAAUAUUGGAUUUUUUUUUUUUUUUUUUUUUGAGUGCCCAGACAAACUUCAACUAAAGGCUUGCAAAUAUAAAAAUCUUGAAUGUUGCAUAAAACUGUUUUUUCUGUAAGUUUCAUAUGUUUUCCAUUCAUUUGACAGUGUUGUAGUACUCCAGUGGUUUCUAAUUGGGAUACGAAUUGCAAUAUUUGAAAUUGAAUGAGUGCAGAAAGUGAAGACCAUAGAAUUUAGCUACAUAAUUUUUAUCCUUGGAUUUUACUGAUAAAAAAAAUACUUAAAAUGAUGCAAUACACUACACGAAGCCUGCCAAAAGAACAUUGUCUUCCAGAAUUCACAGAGCCCAAAGGUAGUCAAACAACCAUGAUCAAAUUUACUGUUUUAAUAUUAAUCUCCUCAUAUUAACAAAGUCAAUCAUAUCUGGGAAUUGUGUGGAGUUGUAAAGUCAAUUAAGUGACCCAUAAAAUUACAUUUUUAUAGCAGAUAAAGAAUUUUCCUGUAAGGUUUAAGAGGCUCUGAUAGGACUGUGAAUUAACUGUACUCUGGAGUUUUUGUUGAAAUAGUUUACAGUGGAAAUGUCAUGUUCUGAUAUAAAGCUGAUUUUGCAUGGUAUUGUGAAUUUUAAUUUGCAUAUGCUCAAAGUCUAACCCAUGAAAGUGUGAAUGGGUUGUUUUGAGGUUAUAAGACAUCUUACAGUAAGAGUUUGUGUAAACAUUUAAUUGUGUUCUGCAGAACACAAAAGGAGAUAAUUAAAGGAAUAGUUC